AUGAUUGUUCUUUCGUACAAUAUCCGUGGUGGUGGGAAUCGGGCUAAGCGUAAGCGAGUCGGAUUCCUAAUUCAAAAGGGAGAUGUUGAUCUAUGCUUCAUUCAAGAAACAAAACUUAGUGGAAUAGGUGUGGAUGUGGUUAGAGAGUUGUGGGGAGGUGUGGAUGUUGAAUGGUCUUACUCGGAUGCUAUCGGAGCCUCCGGUGGAAUAUUAACUAUGUGGAAGAAGGACUUCUUUUCUCUUAUUUAUAGCUUUAGGGGAGAAGGCUUUCUUGGUCUUUGUGUAGAGAAAGAUGUAAAACUUAUUUAUUAUGUCAAUGUUUAUGCUUCAUGUGACAAAGUUGUUAGGAGAAAAACUUGGAACAAUCUUUGUGAUUUCAAGCAUAAUAACACCAUUGGAUCUUGGUGCAUUGGGGGUGACUUCAACUCUAUAUCUACUAUUGACGAAAGAAUUGGUGUUACUAAUAGAGAUUAUAGUAGGGAUUCAAGAUCUUUCAAUGAAUUCAUAGAGGAAAUGGAGUUGGUGGAUCUUCCCACCAUAGGUCGCAAGUUUACUUGGUUCAAAAGUAACGGGAAGGCGAUGAGUAGACUUGAUAGAUUUUUAUUAUCGGAGUGCUACAUAGAAGAUAGUAAGGUGGAUGGUCAAUUUAUAGGAGAGAGGGAUGUGUCGGAUCAUGCACCCAUAUGGUUGAAAAACAAUAGAAAGGAUUGGGGACCAAAACCUUUCAAGUUUAACAAUUUAUGGCUAAAGCAUGAGGAGUUUGAUAAUUUUGUUAAAGAGGAGUGGAAUAAAAUUGUAGUCAAAGGGAGAGGGGACUAUUGCUUGGUGGAGAAAUUGAAAAUCCUUAAAAGUCGGAUCUCUUGGUGGAAUAAAAUGGUUUAUGGUUGGAUUGACCUCAAGAUUGACAAAGACGUGAGAGAGAUGCAUUCUUUAGAUAACUUGUUUGUUCAUUUUGCAGGUAAUGUUCCGGAAGAGGUUGUUGAGAAAAGAUUGAAAUUGGUGGAGGACUUUUGGAGUAAUCUUAACAAAAAAGAAGGGUUUCUUAGAUUAAAGUCGAGGCAACUUUGGCUCACCGAGGGGGAUGAUAACACUCGCUUUUUUCAUAAUUCAUUAAAAGAUAGAAGAAGAAGGAACUCUUUAUGCACCGUGGAGACUAGGGGGGGUAGAAUGGAAGAGGUCAAGGAUAUCAAAGACUUUGUUUUCAAGCAUUUUGAAGAUUUUUUUAAAGAAGAGGUGUGUACUAGACCGGAACCACAUGGGAUCGAUUUGAAAGUGUUAUCUAUAGGGGAUUCAUUGGAUCUUGAGAAACCUUUUUCCGAGAACGAGAUCAAGGAUGCUAUUUGGUCGUGUGACAAGAAUAAAACCCGGGGCCGGACGGAUUUUCCAUGGAGUUUUUUAAAACUUUUUGGCAUAUCCUUAAAGAAGAUUUGA